CACAACCAUUGAGUUCAAUAUCUAGUGUGGUGCUACGAGUUAUGGCAAUUCCAGUGAUUAAUCUUGGGGAGCUUGAUGGAGGGAGGAGGGAAGAAACAAUGGAAGUUCUUCAUGAAGCAUGCAAGAAAUGGGGUUUCUUUUGGGUAGAGAACCAUGGAGUUGACAAUAGCUUGAUGGAGGAGGUGAAGAAGCAUGUCAACCUUCACUAUGAGGAAUACAUGAUAAAAAGUUUCUACAAUUCAGACAUGGUUAAAGAAUUAGAAACUCAUACCGGUGCAAUGGUUGAUGGAGACUGGGAGAGCAGCUUCUUCAUUUGGCAUCAGCCGAACUCCAACCUGGAUGGCAUUCCAAAUCUAAAACAAGAAUUUCGUGAAGCAAUGAAGGGUUAUAUUCAGCAAGUGGUCAAGCUGGCUGAGAAGCUUGCAGAACUCAUGAGUGAGAACCUUGGACUGGACAAAGAUUACUUGAAGAAGGCGUUUUCAGAGCCCAGCAUUGGGACAAAGGUUGCAAAAUAUCCACAGUGUCCUAAGCCUGAGCUGGUGAUGGGGCUCCGAGCACACACAGAUGCAGGUGGUAUCAUCUUGUUGCUCCAGGAUGAUGAAGUCUCAGGUCUCGAGUUUUUUAAGGAUGGGGAGUGGGUGCCAGUAACACCUUCAAAAGAUGGAAGGAUUUUUGUGAACCUUGGUGAUCAGUUGGAGGUAGUGAGCAAUGGAACUUACAAAAGCAUUUUGCAUCGAGUUGUUGCUGAUAAGAAUGGAAGCAGACUCUCUAUUGCAACAUUCUAUAAUCCCGGUAGUGAUGCCAUCAUUUCCCCAGCACAAAAACUCUUGUAUCCUUCCCACUACCGCUUCCAAGACUACCUCAAUUACUAUGUCACUACCAAGUUCUCAGAUAAGGUGUCCCGGUUCCAGACAAUCAAUGAGAUGUCUAUGUGACAGAAAGAGUAGAUUGCCUGCUUUGCAAUAGCAGAAAAAUAAAUAGUUCUUUUCUCUAAAUUCCAUGUAACCACUGAUAGCGAACGUGAAUUCUUCAAUGGUCGCGAGACU